GCUCCGUCUAAUCUAUUGUAAAUUUAAUAUUGAUAUAAGCUCAACUGCGAAUGAACGUUAAAAGCGAGUUGAAUGUUUUCAGAUAAAUACAAGUGAUCAGGGUGUAGCGAAUAUUGCUUUUGUGAUGCAAUUAGAUUUGUUAACAAAAUAUUUAUCUACGAAUUUAGAAAUCAGUGUUUUUAACUUCUUGACAAUCUAACAAGGAACCCUUCCAAUGGUGUCCAACGACUUAAGGGUCGACACCUAUACCAAAAUGGGCACAAUACAUGACUUUUAUCGUGAACUGACAGAAUUUCCGUGUAAAAUUCACUUUUCGUCAUGUUGUGACGAUAUUUGUGGCGAGCGGAAGACCGUGCUGUCGCGACAGUGGUGACGGGGCCCUCACCCUCACCGGCACCGCAGCCAACCGCCCGUUACCCAUGCGUUAUUAGAAAUGUUUUAAAAUCUAACCUUAAUUAUUCUGAUUCUCCACGAGGUUUUCCGUUGGGUGGUAGUGGUAUUGAACAAAAAAAUGUUCGAAACAUAAAUGGUGGUUACAAUGUGCACAAUUAAUGAAACGUUCCAAAACACACAAAUCCAUCUCGCACUUAUCAUAGUCUGAUGAAAAAAGCAGUUCCUUAACAUUUUUAAACUCUUCUUUUUCAGUAGUGUAUGUGCAUGCAUACCACGAAUAUUUAAACAUUGGGAUAAAUAUUUCAGAUUGAAACUGGUUAAAAAUUAGUGAGUGCAUUUUUAAAACAUUUUCCCUUUUGUGAAUAUCCAAAUCCAAUUCAUCGAGAAUAACUCUUUCGAAAAUAAUACGACGGAAAAUUUUGUAUUGACGAAAUAUGUACUUGUCCAGCGGCUGGAUAAGUGAUGUAGCCUUUGCAGGAAUCUGUUCUCUUCGACAAUUUUCACCCAAGGAAGCAUACGUUUCACCGUCAAUCUGGCCAGCCCACGAAUCAUAAAUCAGCAUGAUGUGUCGGCCAUCUGUCAAAGGUUGAAUACAAUCAUCCACCCAUUGUUUCAUCAUCUGCUUAUCCAUCUUGCCUGAUUUUGAGACGGUUAAGUAUAUAUUAUCCGGAACCCAUAAAGUUUCACUGAUUCUUGGACCAAGCACCCCUUUCGGUUCUUGCAGACAAAGCAAGAAUUUUCCAGUGAAUUUGCCACUCAUAGAUAAUAAGGGCAUAAUUGUGUACGAAUGCGAUUUUGCGUUUUGGGAUACAACAAGUCCGAGAGUAUCUUUUUCGCCUUUGUGCGACAGUGUUCUUCUUGGAGUAUAUUCGUACGAGAAUCCAGAUUGAUCGAAAUUGUAGACAUGGUCAGGUUGUAUUUGUGCCAGAUUUUCAUUAACUCUUUGAACAAAUUCACACGCUUCAUCCUCCACGCGACGGAAAUUUUGUUGUUCAGUGGUUGUAAGAUAUUUGGUUAUCUUUCUUCCUACGAUCCUAUUGCGCACCUUAAAAUCGUGUACCCAUUUUGGACUUGCUUUAAAUUUUAGUUCGAAUUCACGUGAUUUUGUCAGGGCCCACCUUCUCAAAUCUACCUCACUAACGUGGAGCAUUGAUAAACGAGCAGCUUUGAAACGAUUUAGGACAAACUGUUCUACUUCUUUAAACAAUUGAAAAUGAAACAAAAAUUUGACUUGGACCUUGGGUCAGAUAUUUAUUUGCAAGAUGACCAAGAAGCAGAAAUUGACGAGGAUGUGUUCCCGAUCCUUGUUGAACAACCCGUUACUCCCAAUAUAGUUUUUUUUGUAAAGGGCGAAGUGGUGUUAGAUCCAGUCUCUCCUGCGCCAUCAAUUAUUUACGUGAGCAGCCCGGUUGGAUCCAACACUAGUUUCAGAAGCAGUUCGUCGUCGAGUUUAGAGGGUGACAAUUUUACACAGCAGCGACGGAAAGCGCGGAGAUUUCUCGGGAAAUUAGUUGAAGUUAAAGGGCUAUCUCCUUCAACUACCAACCAGAAACUAAUUGCGGCAGCAAUUAUGAUAUUACUACCUCCCUAUAGAUAUUCGAAGUCAGCCGACGUUUUAGCAAAUGACAUGUUCUCCGAGGAAUCUCCAUAUCCCCGAAAUGCUUAUCCCCAGAACGAAUCUCGAAAUGGGAACCAUUUUUAUGGAAGAGGACGCAUAAGACGACGAGGGAGUUACAACAAUCGAAGAGGAGCUAAUUAUGGGCACAAUUCUAGUAGAAAUUUAAGUAGACGACCAUAUCUUGGCACACAAAACGGCAGGGACUUCCGCAAUGAUGGAGCUCGAAAAAUCUACCCCUACAAUACCGGCAGUAACCAAACGUCCUAUCGGGGACAUAAUUCUCGUGGUAAUUUCAAUGAACGAUACUUUCACCACACGAUUCCAGAUGGUAAGAAGAUGACAGCGAAUGGAAAUUCGACACGGAAGGAGCCUGAAGAAGCUGUCAAUACGGCGAAACCGGUCGCAGCUUUGCGAAAUAAAUCAAAAAUUGACAAAAUUCGUGUCUAUUGGUUGGAAAUGUUUUCUUCGCAUAAACAAAGUUCCAAUUCCUAUCAGGGACUUGAUUGUUCAAGGUUGGAAAGGGGACGAAAAUGGUAAACUGUCGGAGAGAAAAGUUUUGGAAAAGUACAAAAUCCCAAAGUCUGUACUGUGCUGUAUAACUCGAGCGGUGAUGCAAACCUUCUACAGUCAAAAUGUGUUUAAUUUUGCCAAUCCUCACUCGCCAAGAUUUCCCUAUUUUGGGACCUUGUUGCACUUAAAAUGUAACAAUAAAAUAUUUGACAACUAUUUACUUUUGAAAUGUUAUAACAAGAGAAUGUAAGCCAUAAUGUCUACAGUGUAUUUAUAAUA